CACUCUUCGGAACAUGCAGUGUUUGGACUGGAGCAGCAGAAGCGAAGAACACCCAAUGAACGCCUGAAGUGAAAGGAAGUUCCAGAAUUAUCCCGCGUUCAUCAGCGAUGGCCGCCAUUAUUUCCGUUCACAAUUCUUUCAUCAAUACUCCAACUCUUUGCCAUAUUUCACAUUCUACAGCCGCGGCCACCAUGGCCAAGGAGAAUAAAGACAAUCUCUGGAGAGGAUCGGCAAAGACAAGGCCUAAUUACUUAUUUUCUCAAAAACCAGCUUAGAUAUUUCAGGUAAACCACUCCAGAUUUGAGAGCUGUAUGUAAUCACGCACCAGUUUCCCUAUUUUGUUUUAUUCGGUUCAAAGAAUUAUUGUCAUCGUCGCCAUCGAUGAAAUCUCCCUCGUGUUCAUCAAUAUUUUGGAAUUUAGCAUCCAUCCAAUUUUCUCUUGAAGGAAUCGUUUUAGUUCCUCUAAUCUUUUUCUUAAUAUUUUAUCGUUUAUCACAUUGACGAUCCAGCGGCAAAGGAUUCUUAUAUUUCCCAAUAGCUCUGAAACCUUUCCCCUCAACUGAUUGUUCGAUGAAGACCGUUGCUCUGAAUUAGGGCUUCGGAACGAUCAUCGCAACUCGACAGAGUCCAAGUGUCCAGCUCUGAAUCUAAUGAAGCAGAGGAAGGAUGGAUAUGAACCGUCUGAUACGGAGACAGAAUGGCAAGAGAGCCCUUGGAAUGACCCUAAGGCGAAGAAACUUGUACUGGAUUACAAUAACCGACGAGCAGAUUCGGCAGCAUCGAAGAAGUUCAGUACUGCAGCGAAUAUUUCUCCUCCUGGUUCGAGAAGAAACAAUGGCAAAACGCCUCACAGGCCGGCCAAAGACGACAGUGUUCUAGUCAUGCAUCAGAGAAACAUCAGCCCCUUGUCGAGAGCAGAAAGAAGAAGACACAAAUCUCCUUUUAAAGCUGGAGCAGAGGAAAUUGGAAGCUCUAGCAUGAGGUCAAGAAAAGAGGAGAAGUUGACUUAUUCUCAUGGGAGUAACAGAAUAAGUCAAAAGCCAAACCACAAUAGAAGAUCAGUGACUGCUCCAAGGUUGAGAACGAGAGAUGAACAUAUGAGUGCUGUUAACGAUUUAUCUCAAAGGAGAGACAGAGCUGCUCCAUCCUUGCAGGUCAACUCCAUCCUGCACCAGUCAAAGGAGGUUUCUCAAGUGAACUCUCUUUCUGUUGGUGAAAUGAACGAGAUGAUUGCAGAUGGAAGGGUCCAUAGAGGUUCGAUUUUUAAUGAACCGAUGGUUGAAAGCACGGGGUCAAUCUCGCCGGGGGACAUAUUCUUUUCGCGUGAUGGCUUGGCUAUUGGAAUAAAUAACAAUGUCACAGGAAAGAGAAAUGCAUUCAAGAAUUAUAUAAGUCCAAGGCCUAACUUUGUGUCCAAAAAGAAUGAUGAUACUUAUAAUCAAGUUGAAGUAAAUGCUAAUGGUAGAGGGGUUACUUCUGCUGGAGCUGGUUUGUCAACGACCACAACCAAUAGCGCUGCUGUAAGUAGAGAAAAUAGUAGUAGAAUUAGCACUGAAAGUAGUAAGAUCAGUGAUGUGAGUGGAAGAACAAGUGAAAGUACAAGAAGGUUUAUAGCCAGUAGACGAAAGAAGAAGAACGAGAUGUGGUUUUCUUGUAUGAGGAAUGGGCCCUGCAGGACGACGAAAUCGCCCGAAAAGCGGGAGUUUGAUGAAGCUACAUUCAUUGAAAGAGCAAAUGUUGUUGAAUACUUGAAACCCUUUUGGGCAGAUAAGCAUCGACCGGUGUCCUUAAGUGGAUUCGCUUUCCAUAAGCCUGAGGCGCAAACUCUCAAGCAAUUAGUUUUACAAGACAGUUUUCCCCACAUCCUGUUCAAGGGUCCGUGCGGAUCUGGCAAACGAGUGCUCAUUAUGGCUCUUUUGCGUGAGAUAUAUGGCGAUUCAUGUUGGAAUGUUUCUCAUGAUUUGCGAUGUUUCCAGAUUCAGGAAAGAAAACUAACGCAAGUCUUUGUUCCAUUGACGUCAAGUGCUCACCAUGUGGAACUAAAUUUAAGCUCAGAAGCAAAUGCUAAGUAUGCUCUACUGGGAUUGGCUAAAGAAAUAGGCAGUGAAUAUUCCAUUAAUGUGGAGGCAAGAAAUCUCAAUCCGAAGGCUAGUUUCAAAGUGGUAAUCCUUUUAGAUGUAGACAAAGCUGUAGAGGAUAUUCAACAUUUGCUUAGGUGGAUUAUGGAUGGCUAUAAGGAUGCCUGCAAAGUAGUACUCUGUUGUGACAACGACACAGGCAUCCUUGACUCAGUGAUAAGCCGCUGCAAAGUUAUCAAAAUUAACCCUCCAGUAACUCAUGAAAUCAUAGAUGUACUUAUCCAAAUAGCAAAGAAGGAGGAAUUUGACCUGCCUAUGAACUUUGCUUCUAAGAUUGCUACUAAAGCAAAGCAGAACCUGAGAAAAGCAAUCAUGGCGCUUGAAGCAUGCAAGGCACACAAUUAUCCAUUUUCUGAUGACCAGCCAAUCCCCAUUGGAUGGGAAGAGGCCGUGGUAGAACUCGCAGCUCAUAUCCUCGAAGACCCGACGAAUCCGAGAUUACACCUAGUAAAAGAAAAAAUUCAGAAGCUUCUAGUUGAUUCAGUUCAUCCAAAACUAAUCCUCCAGAAGCUCGUGGAAGAAUUUCUGAAAAGAAUUGAGCUGAGGUCAAGGAGGGAACUUUAUUACUGGCAUGCUUAUUAUAACAAGAGACUCCCAACUGAAACUGGAACAGGCGCCCUACCCAAAUUGGAAGAAUUCGUGGCAAAGUUCAUGAGCAUGUACAGGAAGAGCUCCACCAACCUCGUUUAUGAUUGACGAUGUUGAUGCGAGGUUAUGAAAGAUUGUGUUAUUGGAAAAAGGAGAAACAAACUGCCUUUCAUUUUGAUAAUAGGACGCUUUCUAGUAUCCUAAUCCGGAGAAAUUAUUAUAUAUGGGGCAGCUUUAUAUUGUAGGACAUCAUAGAAGAUGAAAUCUAAAAAUGAGGGGAGACAACUAUAAUGUGCUGGUCACGUUGAAUAAUUCUCUCUAGCCCGUUUAUAUAAUUAUA